AUGGAAUUUCAAAAGAGGGGGUUAUCACACUGUCACACUCUUUUGUGGGUGUCUGAUUCACACAAACUACGGAAACCCCGUGAUAUUGACAGGUUCAUCACUGCUGAAAUCCCAGAUCUAAUUUAUGAGCCCUUAGUAUACAAGACUAUCACAAGUUGUAUGAUUCACAGACCAUGUGGUUUAUUAAAUCUGAAGUCUCCCAGCAUGAAAGAUGGCAAGUGUAGCAAACACUAUCCAAAAUCAUUUUCAGAUUCCACUGUGUUUGACAAACAAGGUUACGCGCAUUAUAAAAGAAAUUGUUUGACACGUCAUACGCUACAGAGUGGUAUUGAAAUAGACAAUGGAUACGUUGUCCCAUAUAACAAGCGCUUGUGUAGUCGUUUUAACGCACACAUAAAUUUUGAGUAUUGCGGUUGGAACAUGAUGAUAAAAUACUUAUUCAAAUAUGUUUCAAAAGGUAUGGAGCGGGAAAAGUUCAUUAUUCAGAAGGAUGUUUUUACCGAUAACACUAGCACUUCUUCAAAACCUGUUAUAGUUGAUGAAAUAAAAAGUUUUCUUGAUGGUCGAUAUAUCUGUCCACAUGAGGCUGCCUGGCGUAUUAUGAAUUUUCCAAUUCAUGAACGUAAUCCACCGGUCACUAUACUACCAGUUCAUAUGGAAAACAUGCAAACAAUUUAUUUCAGAGAAGACAGUCAGAUCCGUGAUAUUGUAAAAAAACCAUCUUUUGGUAAUAGUAUGCUUUUGGGAUGGUUUGAAAGUAAUAAAUGGGACAAAAAUGGACUAGAUCUGACUUAUGUAACCUACCCUUCAAAAUAUGUGUGGGAGAAGAGAAUGAAGAGGUGGAAGCGAAGACAUCUUGAAACAUCACAUGCAAUAGGUCGACUUGUGUUUGUACAUCCAUCUACGGGAGAGUUGUUUUACCUCCUAAUGCUACUUUGCCAUCAGAAGGGUUGUAAGUCAUAUGAAGAUGUACGCACUGUUUCUAAUCGACUCCACCCAAAUUUUCAACGCACAUGUGAGGCAUUAGGUCUAAUUGGGGAAGAAAAAGAGUGGCUAGCUGCUUUUACACAAGCAUCAGAAUGGGCGACUUCCGCGCAAUUACGCUCUCUAUUCUUCCAUUUACUCAUUUUUUGUGAAGUGAGUAACCCUAUGUCAUUAUGGGAGGCUGGAUGGUGUAAGAUGAGUGACGAUAUACUGUAUAAUCUGAAGAAGAACAAUUCUAACCCAGAAUUACACGUAACCGACAAUCAUCUACAACAAUUGACUUUGUUGGAGUUAGAAAAACUUCUACGCUCGUGCACUCCAUCAAAGUCAGUAACUGAUUUUCAUUUGCCACCACCAUUAGAAGAGGUUCAAGUGCUUUUUGAAAAUCGUUUGAUUUUAUAG